CCUCCUCCUCCGUUACCGUCUUCCCCCUUCCCACCUCCCCCACCCGCCCGCUGCUCAUCAACUCCAAUUCCAUUUGAUUUUGAUUGAUUGAUUGCAACGCCGCUGCUCCAAUCUGCGAGGAGGAGGAAGAGUUUCAGGCCUUCUUCGGUUCCGGGCGUUGUUGUUUCUGAUUUGAGAGUCGCGGAGUCCUUGGAUUUCCUGGAGGAAAAACGAAACCCUACUUCUCCGGGCCGUGGGAUGGACGCGGGUGAGGUGUGAAUCCUCGUCCUCUACUGAUGCUCGUGGAGAGAUUCGGGGGAGUGGAGCGCGCGGUGAGGAGGCGGUGGAGGCGCAAGCGCCGAAGGGUCGGGCACCACCGCGUACACGGACCACGCCAUGGGGGAGUCGCUGCUCACCGCGCUCUCCAUGGACACCCACCCGCACCAGGGCCCCUCCACCUUCCUCUCCAUGGACACCGCCGCCCACGACGACUUCGACCUCUUCCUCCCGCCGCCAGGCCCCUUCCAGCGCUGCCUCCACGCCGCCGCCGCCCCCCCUGACAUCAACCUCCCGCUCGACGCCGACCCCUCCCCUCCCCCGCCUCUCUACGAAUCCAACGUCGACAUGCUAGAUGUCGGCCUCGGCUGCCCGCAGCUCUACGACUCCGACUCGCCUGCCCCUGCCCCGGCCGCCCCGGCGCCCUCCGUCCCGGCCUCCACCACCACCACCGUCCACGUGUCCCACACCAAGAGCUCCGGCUCCAGCGCCGCGCGCAAGUGCGUCAAGCGCAACGACAGCAUCUGGGGCGCAUGGUUCUUCUUCACCCACUACUUCAAGCCCGUCAUGUCGUCGGCCGAUAAGGGCGUCAACAAGUCCAAGGCCCCUGCCACCACCUCUACCGGCAACGGUAACAAUACUAAUGCCACCAUGGAUGCCUUCCUGGUGCAGCACGACAUGGAGAACAUGUACAUGUGGGUGUUCAAGGAGCGCCCCGACAACGCCCUCGGCAAGAUGCAGCUGCGGAGCUUCAUGAACGGCCACUCGCGCCUCGGGGAGCCGCAGUUCCCCUUCAGCGCCGAGAAAGGGUUCGUGCGAUCGCACAGGAUGCAGCGUAAGCAUUACCGUGGGCUGUCGAACCCGCAGUGCCUUCACGGGGUUGAGAUCGCGCAGACGCCGAACCUGGUCGGUGUUCCCGAGGCCGAUCUGAAGAGGUGGUUCGAGCUCACUGGGAGGGAUGCCAACUUCUCGAUCCCCACCGAGGCCGGUGAUUUCGAGACGUGGAGGAAUCUGCCGACGGCAGAGUUUGAGCUCGACAGGCCUUCAACUGCUGCUCCCGCAAAGAGCACCUCGCUUGCCCAUCACAAGAAGUUGCUCAAUGGUUCUGGCCUUAACCUGUCCUCAACACAUGCAUCCAAGCAUGGUUUAGGGGAUGGUCUGGACAUCGCAGCUAUGUGCCACAAGCGCAGGAAGGACUCCUCCCCCUCUGCCAUGGAGGAGGACUGCAGCAACUCAAAUUCUGACAAGGUUCAGGACAUGGAUGUAAGCCACACUUUCGAGCCAUCAUGGAUGAAUGACUUCAGUGGUGUGAUGCGCCAUGCUUCUGGGCCAGUAACUGCCGCAAAAACUAUAUAUGAAGAUAGCAAGGGAUACCUGAUCAUCAUUAGCCUUCCAUUUGCUGAUAUGGAAAAGGUCAAGGUUACCUGGAAGAAUACUCUUACAGGUGGCAUCGUUAAGGUGUCAUGUACCAGUGUUGGCCGGAUGCCAUUCUUGAAGCGACAUGACCGGACCUUCAAGCUGGCAGAUCCUUCACCUGAGCAUUGUCCACCUGGGGAGUUUGUCCGGGAAAUUCCAUUGCCUACCCGGAUCCCAGAAGAUGCUACUUUGGAAGCAUACUGCGAUGGAACAGGAACAGGCCUAGAGAUUAUUGUCCCUAAACACCGUGUUGGUCCUGAAGAACAUGAAGUCCAUGUGUCUCUGAGGCCUCCCUCUUCCUGGUGCCAAUGAAAACAUGUUCAAGUUUGCGGGAAGAUAAGGCGUGCCUACCAUACAACAAAUGCAGCUCAGUUUUGCUAAACACUCCUAAUUGGUUGAAGCAUUCCGGUAGUAGGUUGAGCAUGCUACAGGACAUAAGGAAACAUAUCUGGAUUGCUUUGGUCUAUGAUUCUGGGGAGUACCUUAUGUAUUAUCUUAAGCUUUUGUCGGAGUUUGCUUCGUAUGAAAGGUUUGUCACCUGCUCAAUGUGCUUCAGAUAUGUGCAUUACUUCUGGUAGUCUAGUGAGCAGCCUGCUUGUUCUACAGAAAUGACGCAUGGAGAACUGUACAGGCAUCAAUAGUCAAUUUUCAUAGGUUGUUGAGGAGUUUGGUUUGUGGGCAUUCUUGGAAAUAUCUGUCUCGUCUAUUUGAUGGGAAGUAGGAAAGGAGUGCAUGUAAUUGGUAUUAGAUAGUGCUGUAUCGGGGGAGUUAUUUUUGCGUUGGUUUGCCUUGUUGAAUGUAAAUGUCCAGUGCCCCAUGUUUCACGCAACGCCUUGGGCUUGAGUUAACCAAAAUAAUUACUAGCACAUUGGUUUC